AUGCCAAAGUCAGCGAAGAAAGUGCGCAAAACGGACUCUCGUGUCACAAUCGCGGACCCUGCGAAGCGGAAGGCUACGCUACCUACGGACGAAAUAUCCUCACCAGAAGGCUGCCCCAGGCCUCUCGGUCGCAAGUUGACUGGAGAGUUCAAGAGAAAGCGAUCCAUCUCAGACUCACUCAAGACAUUAUUCACGCUCAAAGACUACAUCGAGGACGAGACUGGAUCCGAGACCAAGCAAACGGCAAAGAUUCAAAGCGAAGUUGAGGCGCAGUUUGACGGCUUCGCGGACGACCUUUCGACGCACACGAAGCCAGCAAAGGUCAACGUAGCCGAUCGCAUCCGAGCAUUUGAGCAGAGAGAUAAUAAGGUGAUAUUGUCGAGGCCAACACCAAGGUACAGGAAGACGAGAGCAGGGCUGGAUGACGUUGGUGAAGAUGAAGGCUCGGCAGGCGCGAAUGAGAACGAGGAACGAGUGCCGCUGGUGUUUCCGCUUCAUGUUCAGAAGUUCAAGAGGAGAGGGACGAUGAGCAGUGCGAAGAGACCGGACACGCCACUAUAUCGAGCUCAGCCCGGCGAGGAUGCAAUAAUCCAUGCGCCUGCGCCACAAAGAACCAUUCCACCCGUGAAGACGCCGAUUGACGAGAAUGUGGUUUCGCCUCUCAAUGUCGCGCCUGUAUCUGGUGAUGUGCGGGCAAACAGCUCAGGGACUGUUGAAGUUGAGGCGAAGCCUGACGACUUGCGCAAGUCGAGCACUGAUAUGGAGAGAAUAUCGAGCAAGACAAGAACGAGGACAUUCGAUCCUGCCGCCCGCAUUCCGCCUACAGCGCAUCUACAUGGAACGAGACAGCGCUGUGUUCGCCAUAGGAGAAAGUCAAGCCAAGCUAAUCCGCAAGACUUCAGUUCCAAACGCGACUUCUUCGAGAAAGGGCGAAAUGCUCCGAAACACAACGAUGCAUGUCCUGACUGCGUCGCUGAGCUUGGCAUCCGACGCCGUGAGAUAACGCAAGCCGCGCCUGCUGAGAUUGCUUUGUCUUUCAGAAGGUCGAACAGCAAGUUGGAGCAAGAAAGGCUCCUCUUCGGCUCUAUAUCUCCAGAGCCGAUCAUCAAGCCUCAACCAAAAGAAGUCUUCCCACACUUCGGUCGCGACGAGCCUAUUGAAACAGUCGCGAAGCAGAUGUCUCCUAGAAAUUCUCCCGAUACUACAGUCGCCACCUCGCUGGAAGUUCACCCACUAGUAUCUGAGUCUUCUGAUUCUGAUGAUGCCGACGAGUCACCAAGAAAUGUACACUUCCGCAAUCCGGUCAGCCCAGCCUCAAAUGAUGAAGGUCACGAGCUAAACUACGAAGACGAUGGAGAUGAUGGAGGCGCGCUCAUCACCACUUCUGAUCUUGGCGAUGGACUUGACGCCGUGAUCCUCGAGCGUGGAGGUCGUCUGGAGCGUAUCAUCAUGAACGAGAGAAAUGGAACGCCAACUACAAAGACAAUUGCCAGGAUCUCACGCGAACUAUAUCAGAUCUCGACCUCGCUUGCUACGACAGAUCUAAGGCAGCGCAUCUCAACAGAUGGAACAGAUUCAUUGAGCGGCGAUAGAACUAUAGUGCUUGACACAAAUCACAACAGUUCUCUCUCGGAGAUCCUGGACGCCAUCGACAACGCCACGCCUAGUUUCGCAAUCAUGCGAACCGACUCAGUUCGUAUCCAUACAAGCAGUCCAAGCGUGGAGCCAGUCAGUGCAGUUCGCGACUUCGCUUUCACGGAUCACGAGCCACCGAUGUUUGUUGAGGAGCGACCACUUUCUACUCCAGGUCAGCGCGUCGUUAAUCUGCAGCGCAUCGAUGCAGACUACUUCCAGCUACACAAACAGUUCGGCAACAACGGUGCGGCAAUGCAUGACCUGGCCAAAGCAGAUCAUGGAGCACAAGGAAGGCUUGAAGCCAGAGCGGCUAGUUGGCUACUUUCGCGGACCACACCGCUCGGAGCUGGUGAGGAUCCUUUAGCAAAAUAUGUGGCGACCGUGGAUGCGUCAAUGCUAGAGCCAACAAGUGCGAAGAAGCGGCCGAACUUUGGAUCAGAGGAUGUCGCUGUCAGGAUUCACAGUCCAGCUAUACCGGCAAAACGCAAGGACAAAUUGCAUGACUACCAAGCCGCCGUCCUACCUUCUCAUAUCCUCACCUCAGAAGACCUAUCACCUCAACCUCCAACACCAACCUUCGCGUUGCCCGGUGGUGGUCUCAAAAUCCCACACCCUUCUCCCACAUUCUUCACGACUUCAACGUGUCCUUCCCUAGACAAUAGUCCUACCAACCUCUCAAGCGUCAAGGAUAUCCCAUCAACAAUGGCUCGUGACAAGAACGCCGAACGAGAAGAAAUGCCUUUCGCUUCUGAUUUGUGGAAGUACUUUGCGACUACAUCGAAACCUAAUGACUCGAAUUCCGCGAUCAGAACGGCCAUGCGUAUGGAUCGGGGUGAUGCUGUUCAGCAGGCUGCGGCUAUUGAGAGAGAGGUUAGAAGGAGGAAGAUCAGAAGAUCAUGA